AUGCAAUCCCUGCAGUCUCUCAGCCAGUUAUCCACUCUGAUAAUCCACCGGUCAGGGAAUGAAGCGGGGCCUGAGCCCAGGCCCUCUGAGAGGAGACCCAACACUGCAGAAUGGGGUGAGGUAGAAUAUGUAGGGAAGAGAGCCUGGGGACAGAGGCGAGAAUGGGAGGAGUCUGGAGCCUGGAACGAGGGCAGGCAAGUCAGACCAUCUGUGGUUCUAACCGUAUUGCGUCCAGCAUUAGCAGAAUCCCAGCUAUUUGAUGCCCCCCAUGAUCUCCGCCAUGCUGCCCAUCUCAGAGCUCGCUGGCACCCCCCCCCCCCCCCGGCCCUUUCCAGCUCGCACACCUGGCGGCCUCGGACUCAGACCCAGGCAGGACCCCAGGGAGAUUUCAUUUCUUCCAGGACCAGUGCACAGCAGAGUGGAGCCGAGGCACAGGAAGGUGCUGCCAGGGAAGAGCCUGACCUCAGCAGGCAUCUGCAGCCGAAGCCAACUGCUGAAACUCAUAACCUGGGGCUGUCCACUAAACAAACUCCUCCCAGCUUCAAGAGGCUAUCUGAAUUCCUCCACUCUUGGCUCCUUGCACCUUUGAAGCCCAACACCUGCAUCACCCCAACAUCUGCUUCCAGUGUCAUCCAGUGACUUCUCCUUCUCUGACUCUGACCUCACUCUCCUGCCUCCCUCUUCCUCCUGUUGGGACUCUUUAUAUGUUUAUUUAUUGUUGAGAGA